GGCGGCGGCGGCCCAGCGCCAGGACGACGCCGAGCAGCGCCCGACGCGGACCACUUUCAUGCUGAUUCCCCCGGACCCGGGAAGCGCUCCGGCCACUCCGCGGGCCGCCGGCCUCCGCCCCGGCCUGCCCGGCUCUCUGGGCGCGCCCGCGACCGGCGCCUCCGCUCUCCCAGUCCUCCUGAUUUCGAUGGCUUUCCUGAAUGGCUGACUGUGGGCUGCCCUGGACUUGGCCCCCGGACAGUCGCCUCUCCUCCUCCUCCUCUUCCUCCUCCUCUUCCUCCUCCUACUCCAACUCCUCGGCACACCAGCUCUGAGAGCGAGAGAGUGAACGAGAGAGGGAGGGAGAGAGUGAGAGCGAGCGAGAUCUUUGGAGAGAUUUUUUUUUUUUUUUGCCUCCUACUUCUGUCUUGAAGCCAGACAAUCGACUUGCAGCUCUCCCUCCCCUCCCUCUCUCUCCACGUUCUGCUCCCACUCUCUCUCCCCUGGCCCCUUCCCCUCCCCUCCGGGCGGAAAGCCCCCCGAAACCAACAAAGCUGAGCCGAGGGAAACAAACAAAACAAACACACCGGGCCAGACAAGCAAUCGACAAAACUUUGCAAAAGCAGAAACAAAAAAGGAAAAACUAAUCAACCUCAACCAACCAGCCCCCGAGCUACCCGGGGCGCCCUCCCGCGCCCUCUCGCACCCUCGCACACACAAAAGGCGGCGCGCCGAGACCCGGGAGCCGCCGUCGCCCGCAGCCAGGGGAGCAGGAAGUCCGGACGCGGCCCCCAUAGAUAUGGCAAUGGUAGUCAGCACGUGGCGCGACCCCCAGGACGAGGUGCCCGGCUCGCAGGGCAGCCAGGCCUCGCAGGCGCCGCCUGUGCCCGGCCCGCCGCCCGGCGCCCCGCACACGCCACAGACGCCGGGCCAAGGGGGCCCGGCCAGCACGCCGGCCCAGACGGCGGCGGGUGGCCAGGGUGGCCCCGGCGGCCCGGGCGGCGACAAGCAGCAGCAGCAGCAGCACAUCGAGUGCGUGGUGUGCGGGGACAAGUCGAGCGGCAAGCACUACGGCCAGUUCACGUGCGAGGGCUGCAAGAGCUUCUUCAAGCGCAGCGUGCGGAGGAACCUGAGCUACACGUGCCGCGCCAACCGGAACUGUCCCAUCGACCAGCACCACCGCAACCAGUGCCAGUACUGCCGCCUCAAAAAGUGCCUCAAAGUGGGCAUGAGACGGGAAGCGGUGCAGAGGGGCAGGAUGCCGCCCACCCAGCCAACCCACGGGCAGUUUGCGCUGACCAACGGGGACCCUCUCAACUGCCACUCGUACCUGUCCGGAUAUAUUUCUCUGCUGCUGCGCGCCGAGCCCUAUCCCACGUCGCGCUUCGGCAGCCAGUGCAUGCAGCCCAACAACAUCAUGGGCAUCGAGAACAUUUGCGAACUGGCCGCGCGGAUGCUCUUCAGCGCCGUCGAGUGGGCCCGGAACAUCCCCUUCUUCCCCGACCUGCAGAUCACCGACCAGGUGGCCCUGCUUCGCCUCACCUGGAGCGAGCUGUUCGUGCUGAAUGCGGCACAGUGCUCCAUGCCCCUCCACGUCGCCCCACUCCUGGCCGCCGCCGGCCUACACGCCUCACCCAUGUCUGCCGACCGAGUGGUCGCCUUUAUGGACCACAUACGGAUCUUCCAAGAGCAAGUGGAGAAGCUGAAAGCGCUGCACGUCGACUCCGCCGAAUACAGCUGUCUCAAGGCCAUAGUCCUGUUCACCUCAGAUGCCUGUGGUCUCUCUGAUGUAGCCCAUGUGGAAAGCUUGCAGGAAAAGUCCCAGUGUGCUUUGGAAGAAUACGUUAGGAGCCAGUACCCCAACCAACCAACGCGAUUCGGAAAGCUUUUGCUUCGCCUCCCUUCCCUCCGCACGGUCUCCUCCUCAGUCAUAGAGCAAUUGUUUUUCGUCCGUUUGGUAGGUAAAACCCCCAUCGAAACCCUCAUCCGGGAUAUGUUACUGUCCGGCAGCAGUUUUAACUGGCCGUAUAUGGCAAUUCAAUAAAUAAUAAAUCAAAAUAAGAAGGGGGAGUGAAACAGAGAGAAAGAAAAGGCAAAAGACUGGUUUGUUUGCUUAAAUUCCUUCUGUUAAGAAAGGAUAUAAAAGGAUGUUACAAGUUUGCUAAAAGAAGAGAGGGGAAGAAUUUCAUGGACUGUGAAUUUCAAAAAAAAAAAAGACUGUCAAAUGAACUUUUACAGAAUGCAUUAAAAAAAAAAAACUCCUGUGUCGGU